GCGGCCCUGCUCAAGCGCGAUGGGGGGCAGCUCCAACACGAGCGGCGGCGGUGGCGCCGGAGGGAAGGACAAGGAGGACAAGGGCAAGGGCUCCUCGGUCUCCUUCACGGAGGGUGAGAAGGUGCUCGCCUACCACGGCCCGCUCCUCUACGAGGCCAAGGUUCAAAAAACUGAAAAUCGGGAGGGCGAGCGGUGGUAUUUCGUCCAUUAUCUUGGCUGGAAUAAAAAAUGUGAUGAAUGGGUCGCAAGUGAUCGUUUAUUGAAGUUGACAGAGGAGAAUGUUCGCAAACAACUAGAGCUGAAAAACCAGUCAUGGGAUAAAACCAUCAAGACUGGUGGACGGUCGGCGCAGCAUAACCCAGAAGGCUCUAAUGGUUAG